AUGACAGAUGUUUGGAAAUCAAACGCCAGAAAAUUUUGCGAGAUAUGUAAAGUAUGGUUUGCGGACAAUCGAGUUAGUAUAGAGCAUCAUGAGGGAGGACAAAAACACAAAGCUGCUAUCCAGGCUAAACUACGAGAACUUGGUAAACAAAGCAAACAAAAAGAAAAAGAGCGAAGUGAUCUACAAGCUACUUUAGCGAUGAUGGAAUCUGCGGCGAGCAGAAGUAUGGGAAUUGAUGAUUCAUGUCCUUCAGCGGGAGUAGCUGGUCCCAUGCCAAAACCGAAAAAAUACAUGGAUCCACGAGCACACAGUGCUUCGAUCGCUGAGAUGGCUCGCCAGAUGGCGCAACGAAGGAGAGAACAGGAAUUGGAACGAGGGAAAGGAGAACAUAAAUCAGAAAACGAGGAAUGUGAUACAGAAAGUGAAACAGUUGUGAAACAAUGUGAUCCGGAAAGUGAAACAGUUUGGGUUGAAGCUAAAGCGGAAAAUGGUGCACUCUAUUACUUUCAUAUGUACAACGGAGUAACCGUUUGGGAAAAACCCCAAAAUUACUACACAGCAGAGCAGUAUACCAUGAAACUAGCUAUGAUGGAGAAUAACAGUGAUGCAAUGGCUAAAAACCAGGUUACUGAACCAAAUAAAUUGAAAUCAGAACCACGUCGUCAUUGGAGAGAAGAAGAAACUUCAGGAAUUAAUAAGAUGCUGAAGAUGUGGGAAAGCCCUCUUUCACAAGAUAGAAGAACAGUUCUAGAAAAACGAAACGCAGAAGUCUCGUCAAAUAUGCAAGACCCAAAUAUUCGUCAAUCAACCAUAAAUGAGACGCAAGGGAGUUUGUCCAAAGAGUCACAAAUCAUGAAAUUUGAUUCCGAAACGGAUGCUGCAAAUUUUGAUGGCAACGAAUGUGAUGAUAUUCCUUUACCACCAUCUUUUGAGGAUCCAGAGCAAGAGAAACUGACAUUGAAUUUGGCGAUGAAGGAGGAGCCGUUGGAAGAGAGCAACUGCAAUCAGAAUGACUAUUUGAAUACCAGUGAAGGAAGUGUUGGUGUCAAAAAUGAAAUAGAGAAAAAAAUUAAUACUGUAGGACAAAAGGAGGCACUACGAUCCAGUCCAUACGGCCCAUGGGUACCUGUAGAGAAAGUUCCAGAUAAGCCGAAAGUGGAUUGGGAAUUGUCUACUGAAGAACAGAGAGGAAAACGAGCCAGUGAAUCAGUGCUGGAACCAGAAGACCUCAUUACAUUUGGUAAUAAAAGUGCAGUAAUAAAACGAAAGAAGAUAGACGGACCGAUUGAAUUUAGGAAGAGGAAAACAGCGAUUAAGACUAGACGACCUAUUGACGAUCAGUAA